ACUUCCUCGAGACACGGACUGAGAAAAACCAACCAUGCGCGGAUUGAUUCUGAUGUGUACCCUGGCUGUUUUGGUCGUUGUGGCCAGUGGGGCUUUUGCCCCACUCCGCACGGCUAAGGAGCGCAUCGCUGGUCGCUACAUUGUCGGCCUGAAGGAUGAUGUUGAUGUUGACAUGAUUGCCGACAGACUUCAGGGAAUCUUCCGCUCUGGCAAGCUCCAGGCUCGCAUCUUCAAGCGCAUCAGGCACGUCAUGAAGGGCCUUACUGUUGAGCUGAACGAGAAGGCGCUAGAAUUGGUUCGUAGCUUGGACUUUGUUGACUUCGUUGAGGAGGAUGGAAUCGUCCGGUCUCAGGCUCUCGGCUCCUGGGGUCUAGACCGUAUCAACCAGCGGGAUCUGCCCCUUGAUGACAGCUACAGCCCGUCCACUGACGGCAGUGGAGUCAGCGUAUACGUCAUCGAUACCGGUAUUAUCCCAACCCACGUUGACUUCGGUGGCCGCGCCACUGCCGCCUACGACGCCAUUGGCGGAGAUGGCACUGACUGCAACGGCCAUGGGACUCACUGCGCCGGCACCGUCGGUAGCGACACCUACGGUGUUGCCAAGAACGCCCGUCUCUACGGUGUGCGUGUGCUCAGCUGUCUGGGAUCCGGCUCAUUCUCCGGCAUCAUCGACGGUAUGGAUUGGGUGGCCGUCAACGCUCAGUUCCCCGCCGUGGCUUCUAUGUCCCUGGGUGGAGGUGCCUCUCUGUCCGUGGACCUGGCCGUCCGCAACCUCGUCCAGGCCGGAGUAACCGUGUCCGUUGCCUCCGGUAACAGCAACGCCGAUGCCUGCAACUACUCUCCCGCCAGAGCUCGUGAUGCCAUCUCCGUUGGCGCCACCGACAGCUCCGACUCCAGGGCCUCCUUCUCUAACUACGGCUCCUGCGUCGACAUCUUCGCCCCGGGAGUAGACAUCACCAGUACCUGGAUCGGACGCUCCAACACCGCCACUAGUACCAUCAGCGGUACCUCCAUGGCUUGCCCGCACGUUUCUGGCGUCGCUGCUCUCAUCCUGGGCCAGAACCCCAGUCUGCAGCCCGAUGAGGUCAUGGCGCAGCUCCUUGCUGACGCCACCUCCGGACGAAUCAGCAACAAGGGAAUCCUCUCUCCCAACCUCCUGCUCUACACCAACCUGUAG